AUGGCGGAUCCACUCUCCAUCGCUGGGCUUAUACUCGCCGUUGGCAGCGCCAUCAAUACCUUGAUUAGCAUCUCGGUCGAUGCUAGAGAUGCGCCUACCGAUAUACAGAAACUUCGCAACGAGCUGUUGGUAGGGCUCUUAGCGUUGAAUGGAGCGCUGCAACACUUCCAGAACCAGACACAAUCAAGUCAAUGGUCAUCCCAGCAGUUUAUCCAGAUGCUGCAGACGGCCUGUGAUACUAUUGAAACGUUGAAGCGUGAUGUUGAAAAGCCGCAGUCGCGAUUGGCACGCUCGACCCAGCGGUUGACUUGGUAUUGGAAGAAAGACGAUUUGGCCAAACAUUUGGCGCGGAUUGAGAGGGUGAAGACAUGGUUUCUAAUCGCCAUGACGACAGACAGGCUCUCAUCGAAUCACGAAGUCUUGUUGCAGAUACAAGAACUCAAACUUUCUAUCGAGCAAGGCCAAGGUAGCCAGACGGCUGAACCUAGAGAGGUGAAACACAAGCAGCUGAUUCAGUGCCUGGCGCCUAUUGGACCAGAAACAAUCCAUUCAAAGGCUUUGAGCGAGCAUCAACUAGGAACGUCGAACUGGUUCACGGAAGGGCCGCUUCAACAGUUUCUCAACAUCAGUGACAAGCAAGGCGCCAUUCUCUGGCUUAAGGGAAAGUUUGCUAGAGUGCUGCCAUUCUAUUGCUCAUUCGACAACUCGAACCUCCAGACUCUCUCAAAUAUCUUGGGCUCAUUCAUUGUACAGCUAUCGUCUGAAGUACCAGCUAUUCUCGAAGAGCUUGUGGCCAAAGCUGAGGCUAGAAAAAGUAAGGCUCAAGAGCCCAGCUUUUCAGCCAUGGAGUUAGAGGAGGUCCUCAUUAAGCACGUUCCAGCCAAAGGCUUGACAUAUCUUAUCCUUGAUGCAGUUAACGAAAGCGAAAUCAGCACCGAGCUAGAAACCUUAUGUUACAGGCUAGCAGCAAGUUGCCCAAACUUGAGGAUUAUCGUUUCUAGCACAUCCGAUUGGUCUCUCAGCACUGAUCCGUCUGCCAUACGCUUUGGCGCACAAAUGAACACCCACGAUGUUGAUAACGAUAUUUGGAUCUAUAUCGACCGUAGGCUCAAGCUCGACAAGACACUCAGUAUGCUCAGCGAAAGCCUCAAAGAAGAGGUUCGAAAUUCCGUGCUCAGCAAGUCAAAUGGAAUGCCGCUCAAGCUGCAGGAACUUGCAGAUGCUGUUGUUGUGGAAGAGUAUGACGAUGCUAUAGACGAUGACAUUCGUCUUCACGACCCCAUGAUACUUCUAGAAUCCGCAAACGGCUUGUUUGAGUUCAAUCCAGUGACUCAAGUUGUGUCUCUCAGUCACUCUUCCAUAAAGACCUUUCUCACAUCGGACUGGAUCAAGAACAGCUCAGCUUCCUACUUCGCACUUGGUGGGGAUACCGAGUGUCACCUGAAGAUUAUGCGGUGGUGCCUGACCUACCUGUCUUAUUCCGAGUUUAAUGGUGGUUGCGGAGUAAUCAGCAACAGUACUAUGUCCAGGUACCCCUUCCUGGGCUACGCAGCAUGGAACUGGCCAUACCAUCUACGCAACCCAUCUACGAGAGAUUGGGAAGCGGUCUCGGCAUUCCUUUCCACUCGGAAUUCCAAAAGCGGGGGGAACUACGGUUGCUGGAUGCACGCCCUUAACCGGAGCAUGCAUCCCGAAACUCUGAAGGAAACACAGCCCCUUUACUAUGCUGCUUCUUUUGGAUUUUCACCAUUGGUAGCAGCGAUGUUGCUUUUUGACGAUAGCCUGGAUCUCGAGGCGCCUGGGGGUAGAGCUGGCUCUACUGCAUUACAAGUGGCUUGCUUCCGCCGCCAGAAGGAGGUAAGCCGAAUGCUGAUCGAGGCCGGUGCGGACUUCUUGUCCAGACACGGUAACUUCCCCAAUAGAAAGGGUAUCACCUCACUCUGGUGGGCAGAAGCAAAUGGCUGGAUGGAUCUAGUGGCUCUCAUGACAUCGAUAAUGACACAAAAGAAGAUUAGAACAGUUCCUGAGGACGCAUAUCCGACACAGUAUAUUCAGGAGGUUCAGAAGGCAGAUGCUAGGCAGAGGAUGCACGUCAUGGAAGGAAAAGAGACUGCACUUCUAGACAAGAAGCUGGUAGCGACAGAGAUUCCGCGCCGAUAUAUCUCAAGAUAUAAGAUAGAGAGGUUUCUCGAGGAGCGGCUUGGAAAAGGAAACUUCCUGAUCGAUGUUCUGGUACGUUAA